CUUUAACAGUGCAUUAUAUACAUCUCAAUAAACUUUCUAAAACCAACAAAGUUUCCCAAAUAUUCAACAUGAAGACAAUCGUACUUUUCGCCGGUCUCGUCUGCGCCUUCUGCCUGUUCCAGGCGAUCAGUGCAGCGCCUGCUGCAGCAAAUGUUGGAGAAUCAGAGGAUGCACAAUUGCUUGGCUUUGGGGAGCAACCUCUUUCGGUGUUGACUCGUCAAAAGCGCGCUACUUGCGAUCUACUGAGCGGUUUCGGCAUCAAGCACAGUGCGUGUGCGGCCCAUUGUCUACUCCGUGGCAACCGAGGCGGUUACUGCAAUGGACGUGGAGUUUGCGAAUGUCGUAAUUAAGGAUGUACGACGGGAUAGAGGAGAAAAAGGCUACUUUAUAACUACAUUGAGAAUUGAAUUAUUCAAUCAUUUAAUUGUAUUGAGGAAUAAAUAGGCUAUAAUGGAAUUAAUACAAAUAAAGGACUAAAGAAAGUAA